CAUAUUUGGCUUGUCCUUAAUUCUUUUUUCUAGCAUUCCCUGAUGCCAAGCUGAGAGUUGUACCAAACAAAGAUGCAUUGCAACAGCAGUGUGUAGUACAAGGAACAGUUUGCAAGGACUCUGCCUGGAGAUGAGGUGCUAACUGGAAGCCCUUUGCCCCUUUGCCUUGUACUUUUUUACUGGUUGCUAUGGAGAUCAAGGAAGAAAAAAAAGAACGAAAGCAAAGCUACUUUGCCCGUUUGAAAAAAAAGAAGCUUGCUAAACAAAAUGCAGAUGUGCCACCUCCAAACACCUGUGGGACUCACAUCUGUAAAACUCAGACUGAAAAAGGUGAUGGGAGCAAAAACGUUUUAGGACAGACAAACAGUUCUCAAGAAAACUACAAGCAUUCUGCAGAAAAGGAGGAUUAUGAGAAAAAAAAGAAAAAGAGCAGUCAACCAAAGGAUAUUAGGCGUACUGAUCUUAAACGAUAUUACAGCAUUGAUGAUAACCAAACCAAAACAAAUGAGAAGAAAGAAAAAAAAAUGGUAUCUCAGAAACCCCAGGGUACAAUUGAAUACACGGCUGGAAGCCAAGACACCUUAAACAGCAUAGCCCUGACGUUUAACAUCACUCCAAAUAAACUUGUGGAACUCAAUAAGCUUUUCACACACACAAUUGUUCCAGGCCAGGUACUAUAUGUGCCAGGUACUUCAAAAGCAACUUCCUCAAGUUCUGGUGCUCCUAUUUCACCUUCUUCAUCAGAUGCAGAAUAUGAUAAGCUUCCGGAUGCUGAUUUAGCAAGAAGGGCUUGUAGACCUCUUCAGAGAGUUACGUCGUCCACCUCAGAGGAAGAUGAACCGGUGUAUAAGUUUUUAAAAAUGAAUUGUCGUUACUUCACAGAUGGCAAGGGAGUAGUUGGAGGGGUCAUGUUAGUCACUCCCAACACUAUCAUGUUUGAUCCUCACAAGUCAGACCCUGUUGUCAUUGAGAACGGCUGUGAAGAGUAUGGGCUCAAAUGUCCCAUGGAGGAGGUAGUUUCGAUUGCCCUCUACAACGAUAUCUCUCACAUGAAGAUAAAAGAUGCCCUUCCAUCCGAUAUUCCAAAGGAUCUUUGUCCUCUGUACAGGCCCCGUGAAUGGGAAGAUCUUGCCUCUGAGAAGGACAUCAAUCCUUUCAGUAAAUUUAAAUCCAUGAACAAAGAAAAGAAGCAACAGAAAAUAGACAGUUCUCUUGCUCCUAAUUCCAGACCAAUAAACUACUCAGACAAAGAGAAAUCUUCAGAUUUCAAAGUCCUAAAGUCUUCUGCAAGUCCUUCCCUAGUCACAUCCGAAUCAGUAGAAACACCAAAGGACUCUGCUACUCCUGACUCUUUAGAACAGGUGACUUUGAAAACCUAUAGUGCAGAAUGUUCUGUAUCAAAUAUAACUUUGGACUUAACCAAAGACAAUUCCCUUCUGGAGGAAGAUGACUUUAUUGAGGUAAACAAGACCUCAUUGCAGAUGGAUAGUAAAAUAGAUUGCAGAGAUGCUGGAUCAGUUGAUCUUCACACGGAUCAUUGCAAAAUAAAAAAGGAGGUUCAGUUGCAAGCAAGUAACAAAGACAAUUAUGAGCAACCAGUGUUAGAUUUAUCUGGGGUAAAGCGUAAAGUCUCUAAGGACGAUCUAGAUCUAGACACCUGUGAAAAGCUGGAUGCGAUGCCUGAAAUGAACAAGGGUGGAAGUUCACCAACCAAUAAGAUAGAGAUGAACUUGGAUGCAAACAAAGAGUUGAAUAAGGACAAGCUUAUUGAAUUUUAUCUCAGUCAUGAUAAAGACGAACCAUCGCCUAUUGAUUACUUGCCUAAGGAUGAAGUCAAAGAAGAAAAGAAAAAUAUGCCUGUGGGCAUAGAUCUCACACUUAGCUGUUCAAAAUCCCAAUCCACUGAAGUUCUUGCUGUCAAAAAGGAAGAACUUGAAUCCUCCUUGGUUGUAAGAAAUGAGCCUUUGUUGGAAACUGGCUCAGUAGCAGCAGAGAAAAAAACAUGUGAAGGAUUAGAUACCCCUUUUUUGACAUCUCAUCUAGAUAAAAACUCUGAAAUCAGACUGUGGCUGUUGCAGAGAGUCCAAGUGCCCAUUGAAGAUAUGCUUCCUUCAAAAGAGGAAAAAAGCAAGACCCCACCAAUGUUUCUGUGCAUCAAAGUAGGCACACCUAUGAGGAAGAGUUUCAUUUCCCAGCCAGCUGUGAUGGAUCAACAAUAUCAUAAAAGACGAAAGCAACCGGAAUACUGGUUUGCUGUUCCUCGAGAACGGGUAGAUCAUCUGUAUACCUUUUUUGUACAAUGGUCUCCAGAUAUAUAUGGCAAAGAUGCUAAGGAGCAGGGUUUUGUGGUGGUGGAAAAGGAGGAGCUUGACAUGAUAGACAAUUUCUUCGGUGAACCCUCAACAAAAAGCUGGGAGAUUAUAACUGUAGAAGAGGCAAAACGCCGACAGAGUGUCUGCAGCUACUGUGAAGAUGAUGGUGAAGAUGAUGCUUUGCCUACCUUAAAAAACCAAAGUGUGCUUUUAGAAAACAUGCAUGUGGAACAGCUUGCUCAAUCCCUCCCAGCCCGAGUGCAGGGAUAUCCAUGGAAGCUUGUCUACAGUACACAAGAGCAUGGAACCAGCUUGAAAACUCUGUAUCGUAAAUCAUGUUCUCUCGAUAGUCCAGUUUUAUUAGUCAUCAGAGACAUGGACAACCAGAUAUUUGGGGCAUAUGCAACUCAUGCUUUCAGACUUAGUGACCACUAUUAUGGUACUGGAGAAACUUUUCUGUACACAUUCAAUCCUAUUUUCAAGAAUUUUAAGUGGAGUGGAGAAAAUACCUAUUUUAUCAAUGGAGAUGUUACUUCCUUAGAAUUUGGCGGUGGAGAUGGCAAAUUUGGAUUAUGGUUAGAUGCUGAUUUGUAUCAUGGUCGGAGUAACUCUUGCAACACAUUCAACAAUGAUAUUCUCUCCAAAAAAGAAGACUUUGUUGUACAGGAUCUGGAAAUAUGGACUUUUGAAUGAUCUUGUUGCCUUAAACAAAUGGACUUUGCUUUCCUGACCACUCAGUGGACAUCAAAAAGUGGAAUGUAAUUGCUUUGCUGUAGAAUAGCCCUGGAAGUCAGGCUAGUUCAAUGGUUAUACAAGAUUCUGAGGCAAAAUAGGAGAGAUUGAUUUAUAUUAAAAAAGGCAACUUAGUCAAUAACUUAUUCUUGUCCUGUCACCAUUUCUGCAAUAUGAAUGCAAGAUGUUUAUGGAAGACAGUUGUGAUGUGUAUAUAUAUGAGCUUGUUUAAAAUAGUAUCCUUUUUUGUAAUUGUGAAAGAAUACUGUGGAAAAACAUAGAGUUGUAUAGUAUAUUCUCUGCGUAUUUUUAUUCAGUGAAAGUGAAAACCAAAAAGAGGGAAUAGUUGCAUUACCAAAUUCUACAGUCUAAAGUGGUAGUUUACUUGACAAAGUAGUAAUUGUGUAUACAGCACUUAAAAGACAUUUUUAAGUAUAUUUAUUGGUUGUAAAGUAUAUUACUAGGCCCGUUUUCCUUUUAAUA